CAACGACACGUCACCAUGUCUGAUCCCCACAAGUUGAUAAGCAAAGCUGAUAACUUAACAACGCUCAGUCUCACAAGGUGGAGUGUAGAUUGGGGAGGUGCUACUGUACUUUAUGAGCAAGCUGCUAAUGGGUUAAGAGUAGCCAAGAACUACGAGAGAGCAAAAGAAGCUUUUGAGAAAGCUUCUAAAGGACAUGAGAUGCUGUGUUCACCUUGGGAUGCAGCUAAGAACAUGGAAUCUGCCGCGGCUAUGUCAAAAGAACUAAGCAAUUGGAGAGAAGUUUGUGACUUGUAUCGAAGGGCAUCUGAAUUGUACAUUGAGUGUGGUAGAUCACAACCUGCAUCAGAUGCUCUUGCAAAGGGAGCCCGUGCUUUGGAAGAUUCUAUGCCUGACGAAGCUGUUAAGCUAUAUACUGAUGCUUGUACGAUUCUUGAAGAGGAUGGAGGAGAACAAAUGGCCUUUGAUCUAUAUCGUGCCGCCACUAGUGUUUACAUUAAACAUGAGAAAUAUACAGAUGCUGCAUCUUUCCUUCUGAGAUUGGGUUUAGCAGCUGACAAGUGUAAUGCUACUAAUAGCCAGUGCAAGGCAUAUCUUGGUGCAAUUAUUGUCUACCUUUAUGCUCAAGACUUUAUGCAAGCAGAGAAGUGCUACAAUGACUGCUCUCAGAUUGAUGCUUUUCUCAGAAGUGAUCAGAACCGUUGUGCUAGCAAGCUUCUUGCUGCAUUCAAGGAUGGAGACCUUGAAGAAAUCAAACGUAUCACUCAAUCCAGCACUAUUUCGAAUCUUGAUCAUGUGAUUAUUAGGCUAGCAAGAAAGUUGCCGACAGGUGAUGUGAAUGCAUUGAAGGCUGAGACUGGCAAAGAGGAAGAACAACCACUGGAUGAAAAUGACCUGACCUGA